CUGCAGAAACCCAACGUGUCCGAUAUUCAUCAGAAUUUUAAUGUAUUUAUUGACUAAUUGAAAUUUGAACAAAGCGAAAAAAGACAUGGGUGACCAGCGUCCCCACCUAGCAGUAGUGGACACGGUACCAAUAGUAGAUAUUCCUGACCACCAUGAUCAUGAUAAACCAUUAUUUAAGAGAAAUCCCGCUGCUGAUGCCAUUAUAGAUUUUGUUGCUGGAUGCAAUGGAGGGAUUGCUAAUGUUGUGGUGGGACAAUCACUAGACACAGUCAAGGUAAAAAUGCAGACAUUUCCAACUCUAUAUAAAAAUGCUUUUGACUGCUUCUUUCAAACAUUUCGAAAAGAUGGAAUUAGAGGUCUAUAUGCUGGGACUGUGCCAGCUCUUACAGCGAACAUUGCAGAAAAUUCAGUUUUAUUUUGUUUCUAUGGAGUUUGCCAAAAACUUGUUAUGUUAGGUGUUGGAAAGAAUGAAAUCAAACAUUUAAAUCCACUUGAAAAUGCAUUGGCAGGAAGUGGAGCAGCAUUUUUUUGCUCAUUUACAUUGUGUCCUACAGAACUUAUAAAGUGUCGUCUGCAGGCGAUGAGGGAAAUGGCCACACAAGGAAAAUUGGAAGGUGGAUUAGAGAGACUAAAAAUUGGCCCAGUUGGAUUGACGAGGGAGAUUCUGCAUGCAGAGGGAAUCAGAGGAAUGUUUAAAGGCCUAACAAGUACCAUGGCUAGAGAAAUUCCAGGGUACUUUUUCUUCUUUGGAGGAUAUGAGGCUAGCAGACGCUAUCUUACACCAAAAGGAAAAACGAAGGAUGAUAUUGGUACAUUGAAAACAAUGUUAGCUGGUGGUAUUGGGGGUGUAGCACUAUGGACAUCUAUAUUUCCAACAGAUGUUGUAAAGUCUAGGAUACAGGUAGAGAGUACUGUGGGAAAAGCUGCUCCAUCAUUUUACAAGACACUCCUGACGAUUCAUAGGGAAGAAGGUAUAAGAGCAUUGUAUAAAGGAUUAGGACCAUGUUUACUUAGGACUUUUCCAUCAUCAGGAGCUUUAUUUUUGGCUGUUGAAGUAACAAAAGAUGUGAUGUACAAUGUUUAUGAUAAUGUUGGAUGAUGAUAAUAAUUUUAGUUUGAAUCAAUUUGCCAAAGAUCUGUGAUAAUAUGAAUAGUCUCAUUGCUGAAGAGGAUGUUAGAUUGAGGAUUUUAAACCUGGAAUCUCAAGAAGAGGGGAAAAUUGGAGGACUCAUUUUGUUUUGAAGGAUUGUUUUAGCAACAGGAAUCAUUCAUAUAGAAAUUAUAUUAACGUUUUAAUUUAUUAUUAUUGUUAACAGCACCUAAGAAAUCGAAAAUUACAUGUCAGACCUCAAAGCCAGACUUAUUGUUCUGUAACAUUAGUGAUGAAGUGAGGUAAAUGGGGUCCAUGAAAUAGAUGGUAAUUGAUGACAUGCCAAAAGAAGUUGUUUACAUGGACACUAAAUAUUCCUCUUUAAGCCACUCUAGGCCAGCUUUAUACUGAUGAUGAAUUCAUGGUGUUCGUGGCAUGUUGUAAACCUUUACUGAACUGGUUCUACAGUAACAAUUUUUCUAUGAAAUGAUAUGUGCACUUACCAAUUCCAUAUAACAAAUUCUAAAAUGCCUCAAAAGUUUGUGAAACUAUUAGCUAUAAGAAAAUGAUGAACCAUUCAAAUUCCUGAAACAUUUUAGGAAAUGAUUUAUCAUUAGAUAUGAUCUGGAAUCUAUAAUUGAAUAAAAAAACUAGUCUUAAAAAUCUUUCGAAUAAGUUCUUUUAGAUAUUCUCGAAGACAGGAGUAUGUCAAGUAUCAGUAAAUUUAUUCAAAAAUUGUGUCUUAUGUAAUUGCCAUAGGUCUACAGGAACCACAAUAGCCUCAUUUUGAAAUCAUGUCAAAAGUAAUAGAUCACUUUCGAGAUCGUUGCAUUUCUGUCAAAAACUUUGGUUUUAGUGAACAUCAUUUGUUGUGUUAAGGGGCAUCGUUACUUCCUCCCCAUGUUGAGCUAGCGGUUGAAAAAUAUGACGCAUUAUUAUACGAAUUAUUUGGCAAAUUAAAUUCUUAUAAUUGAUUAUCAGCACACUGUCAGUAGGGAAUUGUGAUUAAGUACUUACGGAACAAACAUUAUAUCUAGUCUAUCCUGCAUAAUGCAAUCACGAAGACGCUGGAUGAACUUUGAUAGUGCAGGGAUACAUGUGGGCCCCUCUAUCUGGUAAAUGACAUCAUAAAGGCGUGCAAAAUUGACCAACAUUUCUGGUGAAAACAAGGAAUUAUUUGAAUCUGGAAUAAUUUUGAAU